AUGAGCCGUGUGACAAAACAUCGAAAAGCGAUCGCAAAGCGGGUGGAGAAGAAGCAUACUUGUCCAAGUUGCGAUGCGAAAUUUUCUUUUCCAAAUAAAUUACGGCUACAUGUCAAUUCAAAUCAUUCUUUAGCGAAUCUUUGUGAGCUGUGCCCCGAACGUUUUAAUCGUUUCAAUGAACUACGCACUCAUAUGCGUCGUGCGCACCGAAUUAUACAUCAGUGUCACUUGUGCGCAUACUCAUCUAGUGUUAAGGCGGAACUGAGAAAGCAUGUUGUCAAAUGUCAUGAAAAUGGUGUUCGCUGCACAGUUGAUGGAUGUGUCGCAACGGUAGCUUAUAAUAGAUUGAGGCGGCACAUCAAGGAAGUUCAUUGCAAUAGUUUUGAGGGUAAUCUGAUUCUAGAUAAUCACAUAUUAAGAGCAUCGGCAGAAUCUAAAAACGACCUCUCCGGAGAUCUCCACACGGAGGCAAAGCUUACUCCGACAGCAGAGGGAUCGGUUGCUACAAAUGCUUCUUUUGGGAUCGAAUUCGUCAAUAUCCAUGUGGUGGACAAGAUGCAGGAACCUACUAACAGUCAUGUUUCACCAAAAAUACCAUCACAGAAUGCAGAGACGUCUAGUCAUAUAUCCUCCGCAGUACAGCAGUAUGGAGCGACAUCUGGAAAUGACUGCGGUGAUUACUGUGGUGGGGCUAAAUUUGGAAAGGUAUUUAAAAUGGAGCGAGAUAAUUCCAGAAAUAUCUGUCAGGAGAAAUCUUUGGAAGUACCGACUCAGCUAGAUAGUUUAGAAAUGAAGGACCAAACAAUGUCCAAAAAAUUACCUUUCGAUUGUACAGAAACAGGGGAAUAUGAAUGCCAAAAAUGUGGAAAGAUUUUUCAUAAUAUUUGUAAUUCUCGACGACACUGGAAUCGCGUACAUCUUAAAAUAUAUAAAGAAAGAGUAAAAUUGAAAAAAUAUGCAUGCGAAAUAUCGAACUGUAUGCAACGUUUCUCAUGUUCUUCAAAGCUUCAAGACCACGUAUUGGCUGUGCAUAAUGAGGGUGUUCCAUUCGAUUGUGAAACAUGUAGUAGAAAAUUCAGCAGCCGUGCAUCAUUUGCUGUUCAUUUGAGACGCUAUCACUUGGCAAGUAUCCGAGAUGUACCACAUGGGUUUACGGACAGAACUGUUGUUAAUGCUACUAGCAUCUCUGAUGAAAUUCACGUUACCGCUCAUGAUACUGUGAGUGAAAUGGAGGCAGUUGCCGAUAAUAUAUUGGGAAAAGAAUAA